AUUAGACACUUGGCACUUCGGAGGCAUGACACUCCCCGCGGCUUCCGCCGCCGCGCCGCUGGUCCCCCCCGGUGGGUUUCGGACGGCCGCCUCCAAAAGGUGGUUCCGCACUCGUUGGCACCGGUCGGUCUGCCUGGUUUGGGCCGGCCGAACGUCCCAUGGGCGGCCAUGGGGAAUCGCUGUGCGAGCUGCGACCCGUGUGCCGAAGAGGCCUUGGUUGGACCGGUCCUGGAGACGCUUCCGGCAGUGGAUUGGCAAGACAUGGAGGUCGGCCUUUGCAUCAGUGGCGGUGGUCUGGGGGGCCGCUUGCACCACGGUAGGCGUCCUGCGUGCGUUGGAGCUUCUAGGCCUGGCGCAGCACGUGACGAAGCUCUCAGUGGUGGCUGGCAGUGCGUGGGCCUCGUGCGCCUACGUGUUCGGGCAGGCCAGCGGGCUGCACUUGCUCGGCUCGCUGACGCGGCCCGGCUCCUUGACCCUUGAGGCGCUGGACGCCUUGUCGGUGCCCCUGCUGCAGAGCGCCACUCGGAACAGGAGCCAGGCGCCGCGCAAGACGACGAGCGCCCGGAACGGCGCUGCCGUGGAGGAGCUUCUGUUGCCCUUGGUGCGCAGCCAGUGGUUGGAACCCUUCAACUUGGACCAAAAGCACUUCAUCGCCGGCAGUGAACAGGAGAAGAAGCAGAUCAUCCAGCAAUAUCCCAAGAUGAAGGCCGAGGCCUUCGCGUGCCCACGCAGUGACCGGCCGAGCUGGCUGGUGGGGGGCACCUUGCUCUCGGAGGGGGAACAGCUGCCGUUCCAGAUGUCAGCCUCCAGCAUCAGCGGCCCCAGCUCACCGCAGAGGGACAGGGCUUACGAGCCGAUCCUUUUCCCCUUCGUCCGCGAGUUGGAGACCGAGACGCUGCAGAUGUUAGGUUCGGUGCCGACGUUUGCCUUUGGUGGGGUGCAGCACGUGAAUCGGAUUAGCCAGACUGCCCCGGUGCUCGUGGCGCCUGCGGAGCCGUUCACCUUGGCGGACAUGUUGACCUUGAGUGGUCUCAGCCGUGCUGCGAAGCUCCUGGACAGCCCUUUGACGCGUUGGCCGGUGAAGGCGGCAGGCAGCCAAGGCCACUGCAACCUGUCGAACGCAGAGCCCCAAGCGGCCUUUGCCGACGGCGCGUGCACGGACAACUCGGGGCUCUUGGCGCUGCUCCAGCGGCGGGUGCAACGCAUCGUGUGGGUGGACUUCGGCUGGGAAGCUGCGAGUGCGGGAUCUCCACAAGCGAACAACAUGAAUGACCUGAUGGAGAAGUUCGGUCUGCUCCAAGCAGGAAGCAGCCCCUUUGCGAAGCACACUCAGGUCUUCGGGGAGAACGAGGUGGCUGCGCUCCUCCACCAGCUGCAAGUCCGAAGGAAUGCGGGCGAGCCAGGUGUGGUGCGGCGAACGCUGCGCGUGGUGCGCAAUGAGACCUGGCAGAUUCCAGGUGGCUUCUCAGUGGAUUUGGUGCUGAUCCAUAUUGACCGUGUGGACAAUUUCGAAAAAAGCCUUCCGGAGGAUACCUAUGAAGAGCUUAAGAAAGGCUUCAGCGGGUGCUUCACCAGCUUCCCGUUUCUCCGGCCGAAAAUCAGCUCCGUCGAACAAGGCAGCGCCGCCUUCAGCGUCCGGCAAGCGAACCUCCUCGCCGCGCUGGCGGAGUACCAUGUGCGCUAUGCCUCGUCGCUGCUUCGAAGCCUGAUCCCCAAUAAAGGACGGAUUCCGGUGCAACCGCAACCGAUGCUCGAGAGGAGCGGGAAUAGCCGCCCGUUGCUGAGCAGCGGCUUGAACAGCGACAUCCACAAGGUCUGAGCAGUGUGAAGGGGUCCACGCGCGGUCGCGCUUCGCACGGUUCACUGGGCGUUUUGGUCGUGCGUUUUGGGCGUGCGUUGAGGGCACUUCGUGAAGAUGCAAGGAUUGGGGCCGAAACAGUUGAUUGACCAGCCUUUUCAUCCCUCUUCUUCUUUGGACCAAAGCACCGUGGUGAUGGAGUUGCUUACAGUCCUGAGCUGACACUGUCAUUUGUCAAUUGUCCA